UCUCGAUUUUCUGGACGACAGAAAUAGUUACAAGAGCAGGAUAAUCCAUCGGGACAGACCAAGCGCCUCCGCGUCUUCUACGCUAUCCAUGGCCCAAGCUCUCGCCCCCUCCUCUCUCCUAUAUGCCACUGCCGCCAAAUCCGGGCGAGCUCGCGCCGUUCCUCGGCUACGCCCCUCCUCGAAGUCUCCUGGGCUCGUCUUUUCCUUCAAGCGCGGCUCUCCCCAUUUUUUUUGGAUUACAUCUAGGAGAAGGAAAAAUGUAUGUCAAGCAAUGUCAGUUUCCAUAAGGUGCGAGCAGGGUACAAAGCAGAACAAUGGAUUGGAUGUAUGGCUGGGUCGCCUUGCAAUGGUUGGGUUUGCAACGGCAAUAACUGUUGAAAUAGCGACAGGGAAAGGACUUCUAGAGAAUUUUGGAUUCACCGCGCCAAUACCAACAUUAGCAUUGGUUGUUACAGCAUUAGUGGGUGUUCUGACAGCAUUCUUUAUCUUUCAGUCUGCCUCUCAAGAUUGAUUACUCUUGAAGAUUUAUAUAUGUUUUGCAGUUUAAAAAGAUCCUCCAUUUCAUCAUUUUUUUUUAUGCCUAUGUAUUAACUGCUAAACGACAGUUCUAUUAUGUAAGGAAGAUGGUUUAUGUAAUGCGUGGAUUCUUUUUGGAUGCCCUUUCAUUUGGAAAUGUAAUGCGCGAAGAUGGUUUAUGUAACAGUUCUUUUGUUUAGAAACUUGUCAUUGUAUACUGUUACUUGCAAUAUAUAUGCCAAAAUGCUCUAUUUCCUACUA